AUGGGAAAUUCUCGGUCUUGGCGCGAAGACUUUCCCGUUCAAAGGCGGACAAAAAGAAAGCAGGAUAUUCCGUCGGGAAUUCCUUUCACUGCGCAUUUCACCGAGGCUUUAAAUCACCAUCAGAACUCAGUUUUACUGCUGGGCAGCUGCUACUGGAGAAAACGGUGUUCGAAAUGUGUGAAAGCUCAGACUGGAAGAGCGCCCUGACCGACAUCCUGAAGGAGCUCCGCGAACCACAGUACCAAAGGAUGCUGGAAUAUCUGGAGAAAAUCCCUAAAAGUGUGAAGGAUGACACAGCCAGAGAACAUAUGGCUCAGACCAUCCUUGAGCAUUAUGGAGAGGAGGAGUCCAUCGCUGAAAUCAGGAGGAUCAUGGAUAAGAUACCGAGGAGAGAUGAGAAAGUUCAGAAGCUGCUGCCUCCAUUUGUGAAGAAACCAGGAAAGAAGAGGAAACCUGGACCAGAGUCAGAGGAGCAGCAGGAGUCUCCAUCCGAGUUAAAGAAGAAGAAGACUGAGAGUGAUGAUGAUGAUGAUGAUGUUAAAACUGGGUUUGAAUCUGAUUCAGAUUCUUCAGGUGAUGAAACUGGAUCUGACGAUCCAGAAAGUUCUCAGUCUGAGAAGAAAGUAGAGAUCCCUCCAUGGAGACAGAGCAUCAAGCUGCUUAAGGAAAGUGGAGACACCAAUGGAAAACGUGUAGGUGGAGAGGUUAUGCAGAAAUGUGCUCUGCGUACGUAUGAAACCAAAAAGAAGCAGGAGAAGAAGUUCUUCCAUCUGGCAGUCGCUGACGAGACCGACUGCAUUAAAGUCAUGGUAUAUGGAGAAGAACUAUUUAAUAAAGUAGAAAAGGGACGACAUUACCUUUUCACAGAUGUGGAAGUGCAUGUAGUGUAUGGUGAGAUGGUGAUGAAGGUGACCAACCACAGCAAAAUCUCAAAGACUAACGGCAUUAAAGUUCCCAAGACUCUGGAGCUGCAGAGUCAAUAUUUUUCCAUCGAGGAGAUCCAAUCCUUUAAGAAGGAAACAGCAGCGAGUGUUAAAGGAACUGUGAUGGAGAUUAAAUGCCAGAAACUUGGUACCAAAGCAAAUGCACACGAGUUCCAACUUGAAGAUGAAACUGGUUCCAUCUGGAUCAAGCUGUGGUGCAAAGGACAGCUGAGAGGAACGUCAGUGGGAGAUGUGGUCAGACCAACCUGCAGACAAACCAUUACUUUAAAACGGUGUCUCUGAACUCCACCGACUUCACCAGAAUUCAUAAGAUGAAAGCUACUGCUGUCCAGAGUGUCACCAUGCAGAUUGUAGGGAUCAUAGAAGCGGGAAAGGAGCAGUCUGAGCUGGACGUGCUGAUCAACGACAAGUCCAGAUCCUUCUUCAUCCAUUCUUCUCUCCUGGCUAAGGUUUUUGGUGUCAGUCUGGAUGACGACUUCGAGGACAGACUUUUGAAGAAAAUCCCGUUUUCAGCCAAAGGAAAAAUAAAACAAAACAAAAUCCAGACUCUUAAAGCUGCAAAAGCCACCAAAACUUAACAGAACCAGAGCUUUUAAAGCUGGACGUGUUGUGGCCAUUUAUGAUAAAACAAUCAAGCCAGAAGUGCCUGCAAAUCAAACCAGCUGUUACCACCCAC